AUGGCACGGAGCGCGACAGCUGCUGCUGUCGAGAAGAUCGUGCAAAAGGCCAAUGAGGAAGCGCGGCGCUUGGACGAGACUUCCGUCUUCGUUUUCAAGGUCCAGGUCGACUCAGUGACCUUCGACGGUGCCCAGCUGAGUCAGACGCGAGGCUUGCGCUUCGCCGUGGCUUCGCAGAAGAACCAAAGCCCGAAGUCACACGAAGAUCGCCUCUUUCUGACGCCCUCCAUCAAGCCCAUUGUCGAAGAGCUUCAAGGUGAGGGACGCCAGCAGUGCUCCUUCAGCAUACGCUACGAGGUGGACGUAGUCUGGGAAGGCGACGAGAAGUUGGUGCUGAGCGCAUUGGAGCCGGGACUCUUCUUCUCCAAGCACGUGGCCAGCUGCGAUCUGCCACUGGCACUCUGCUACGAGCAGUUGGUCAGCGCUGCCAAGAACUGCAACCCCACCGAGGCGGAGGCACUACCCAUCGAGCUUGAGCUCGAAAGCCACAAGGGUUUCUGCGGAAGGUGCCGCAUCUUUGUCCACUGCUGGAAAGAAAACUUGAAAGCCAUAGGAGGACGGAGGGCUCUGCGCUCCACUUUCCCAGAAGCACCUCCUGCAGGAGGCAAGGAGAUCUACUCCGAGGCGCUCAGGCACAAGAUGAAGGAGAUCCACGACUGCCACAGCCUCAACGAGAAGCUCGAGAAGGCCCAGGCCGACCUGUGGCUGCAGGGCAUCAAGCGGCUGACGGAGGAAGGCGCCCUGGACAGCAAGACCCUGAACUUGGCACAGACCUGCGGCCUGGUCUCGGCGGAGAGGGCCGACAUCUUGAGGCAGGAAAAGAACACGCCCCCGAAGCUCGCGGCCAGGAGUGGUUCCUUCACCGCUGUGGAGCGCAAUUGUGGGACAUGGCUUCGGCUAACCACUGCAUAG